UAUAUAGAGUCUGGUAUGAAUUUCAGGUUGGACGGCAAGGUUGCAAUUGUGACCGGAGGAGCAAGUGGAAUAGGAGCAGAAACAGCGAGGGUAUUUGUGGAAAACGGUGCAUUUGUAGUUAUAGCAGAUGUUAACGAUGAACUGGGACAUCAAGUAGCAAGUUUCAUUGGCGUAGACAAGGUUAGUUACCGUCACUGCGACGUUAGAGACGAGAAACAAGUUGAAAAAACCGUUACUUUUGCCGUUAACAAAUACGGAAGCUUGGACAUCAUGUUUAGCAACGCUGGAGUUGCUGGCGCUCUUUCCAGCAUUCUUGAUUUGGAUUUGAAGGACUUUGACAACACACUAGCCGUGCAUCUUCAUGGAGCGGCCGCAUGCAUUAAACACGCGGCACGUGUCAUGGUCGAAACAAAGACACGUGGCUCCAUAAUUUGCACGGCUAGCGUGGCUGCUAUGGUUAGUAGCAAUGCGGCUAGUCAUGGAUAUACCACAGCCAAACAUGGUCUUGUGGGUCUUGUGCGUUCGGCAUGUGGUGAGCUUGGAGCUCAUGGAAUUAGGGUUAAUUCGAUUUCGCCUUAUGUUGUGGCCACGCCUUUGGCGUGUAGAGAGCUUGGUAUGGAGGCAAGUGAACUUGAAAGUGCUGGUGCUGUUGGUGCCAAUUUGAAGGGGAUUGUGUUGAAGCCAAUUCAUGUUGCUCAAACAGCUUUGUUUCUUGCUUCUCAUCAAUCUGCUUAUAUUAGUGGCCAUAACUUAGUUGUUGAUGGCGGUUUCUUAGCCCGCCGGUAAUCUGGCGCGAGCGCCACUCUCAAAAAAUAAAGGGUUUAACUAUCCUGUGUCUUAAGAGCACA